AUGCCUAUCCCUUCUCUGAUGCCUAUCCCUUCUCUGGCGUUCGCCUGGUUUUCAGACUUACUGGUGGAGCACUGCGAGAUCUUCUUCUCACUGUUUGCCGUCGAUAUGGACACCAUUUUAGUGGAACAGCCGCCCGACACCUGGGAGUCCUUCCCUCUGUUCCAAGUGUUCAAUAAUUACCUCCGAUUAGACGAAAAUCUAUGCGGCGGUCGAUUCCACACUCAAUUACGCGACACAUUUGCCCCACAAGUGGUCAGAUAUGUCGAUCUCAUGGAGUCAUCGGUCGCACAGUCGCUACAUAAAAGUUAUGAAAAAGAAAAGUGGGAAUCAAAGGGACCCGUGGGUUGUGCCGCAUCCGAGGAUCUAUUUUGGAAGUUGGAUGCCUUACAGACAUUCAUCCACGACCUCUAUUGGCCCGACGAUGUGUUUGCGAAGCAUUUAGAACAAAGACUCAAAUUAAUGGCCUGUGAUAUGAUGGAGGCCUGUAUUAAUAGGACACUACAGGCCUUCCAGACGUGGGAACGCAAGGGCACGGCUCGGUGGACGAGCACUGACUACAUCGUGCCCUCAGAAAUGUGUGCAAUGAUUAAUGUCAUACUUGAGGCCAAGACUCAGUCAUUAAAACUGUGCACUUUUGACGGCGCAGACACUCAUCAAUAUCACAACAAAAUAGAUCAAUUAGUAGAUAAAACUUUAAGCGAUAUGCAAACUGGACUUAUAGUUAAGAUGACGGCUAUACUUGAGGCCAGUAUUACCAAACUGGCCAGGUAUGAUGAGGGAAGUCUUUUGGCACCAAUUCUGUCAUUAACUUAUAACAAAGGGAUGUCAAGUAGUGGUCGAGAAGUAGGCAAAGCGUACGUGAAUUUUGUGCGAAACAGUACCGAACAGUUGCGACAAAGAGUGACCGACGAGUUGUGGGUCAUUAACUUCUUCGAGCAAUGGUACUCAUCACAAAUGAAUCUUCUAUGCAAUUGGCUUUCAGAACGUAUAGAUCAUGGCUUACAUUUGUUUCAACUCUCAGCCCUUUCCCAUAUUGUCAGGAAGAUAUACUCGGACUUUGAGUUACAGGGCAUUGAAGAGGAGAAAUUGAAUUCAAAAGUAUAUCAAACAAUAAUGAGUCGCAUCCAACUCGAAGAAGCGGCCGCUUCCGUCACCAAUGGUCUCAACAGAGAACACGAGGACUCAGAGGAAUACCCGGACAACGUGGCCGAUGCCAUCGCAAAGGGCAAGACUGGAGGUCUGCACCGAACGGACUCCGAGACAAGUGAAGGAAGUUAUGUGAAUCGCAUCCAAAACGCCACUCAGAACGUGAUGGGAAGGAUCACAGGCAUCGGUCGGGGCGUCGGUAACAUCGGCGGAAUCGGCGGAUUCGCCAACAAAUUCUUAAACAACAAAUUCUAGUCUCAUAUUGUCUGAUAUCUUAAACAACAUUUAUUUCAGUUUCAAUCUUUUGAAACAUUUCUAAAAGUGAGAACUCAUUGUGUGAUCUUUUCCCGAGUGUUCCUUCAAUACAUUAGUUCACGUAUUGUUAUAUCCAAUGAUAUGAUAAUCGACUAGUUUUACAUAAAUUUGUUGCAAUACAUGAGAGAAAGAAGUUUAUGUUGUGAUCCUUGAAAUAUUUGUUACAUUUGAUGAGAAAUUUUUAUUUAUUACAUGAAAAUGUUUUCUUUUGCUCACAAGAGAUAACAGUAAAUAUAAAUAUAAAGUAUUUAAGUAAUUAAGAGUCAAAUAAUAAAUACAUUCCUCUCUUCUAACUUAUAUGACAUUAAAUGCAUUGGAAUGGCCUUUGAAUGCACUCAAAGAGUUAGGGUUUAGAACUUUCAAUGAUAUUAACAAAUACUUAUAUACUGUACUAAUUGUCAGUUUUUAUGUACAGAUCAUUAUUCAUGUGAAUAAUUAUGUCAAAUCAAACACACAAACAAGUCUAUUGUACAUCUAAUCCACUUUUAUGGCUAAUCCGUAGGAAAUGUUGCAUUCUUUGCAAUCACUGCCAGCGCUCUCAACUCAAUACAGUUUACAGUUUUCGGUGAUUGUGUGAAAAGAGUCUUAAUUUAGAGAAUAUUCUGUCAUUUGAUUUGCUGGCAGUUCUCAGUUUGACUAUGCAUUCAAUUAAUUCAUCCAUUCAUUUCAAAACUAAACUAAAUUAGUUUCAUUUUCAGAUAUUUUAUGUUCACA